AUGGUUCCUCCCAGCAACAUCCCUUCCUCAUGUGUGCUUGCUUCUGUUGGUGCUCAAGGGAAGAAGCCCAUUGAGUCCCUUAUCGAGCCGGUCACACCGAAGAUGCUCUUCAACGGUGCUGCUGGACCCUUCAGUGCAGAGAUGAUCAACACGCUGACGGCUCGUACUUCUGCACUCAAGCUGGACGACCUGCCAGCAGGAGGGGAGGACAUGGACAGCGAUAAUGCGACGCAGCUGCCGGCCACCUACCUGUCCAAGACUCAUUUCGACCGUCUCCAGGUGGUGUUCCUGCAUGCAGCGGACACAAAUUUCAUCUGGUGUCGAGAGGUGGAGCACGCUACCAUGGACAACAAGCGGCUGAUCUGGCAGCACCCUGAAAACACUGCGUACCUGAAGGAGCGUACUGCGCGUCCGGAGGCUAUUGAAGUACUCCUCAAGGGGGUCCUGGCGGUGAUUUCUACGGAGAUGUUCCGUAAGAGUUCGGUCACGGCGCUCCUGUUCAAGCAUGGCCGCACGACCGUCCUGGAGGGAUCUGCCUUCCACACGGACCUCGAUCCUGUCACGGGGUCGGACACAGACAAGAUCAAGGGACUGUUCAACGAAGACUAUUAUGAUGGACCCGACGAUUGUUCAUACUUCGGCAGGAGGGGUUCUGGAGGAGUGGACCUGCGUUUAGGAGGACUGAGGGAAGACUCACGGCACCAGUUUUGCGCAAGCGGCAGAGCACGCUCAGUCGGUCUGCCACUACACCGGCCAGCUCAAGGCGGGAGUCUCCACUCGCUUGAGCAAGGGGAAGCAGAGAAUUGCAGCCAUCCGAAAGGAGUUCGGGUUGUAGCUGCCGCAUCACCCAGAUCGUCGUUCCUGCAUUCAUGUGCGAAAACAUCUGGGAGGAGUUAG